CCCUCGCGCGCCCUGUCGGCCGCGCCGCUCUCAUGGCAACGCGCGGGCGGCGGGGGAGGCGGCAGGGCCGAGCAGCGCCGCGCCAUGGACCGGGAGGCGGAGGAACCGCCCGGAUCCCCGGCCCUGCCCGCCCCGCGGCCACGGGGGGACGGGGCGCCGCGGGGACGGGCCCGGCGCGGUGGGGGGGCGGCGAGGGGCGGCCGCCGGCCGCGCGUGACGGUGGACAGCUCGAAGGCCAAGACCUCGCUGGAGGCGCUGAAGAUCAGCCUGAGGCAGCUGCGCUGGAGAGAGUUUCCCUUUGGCAGGCGCUUGCCGUGCGAUAUCUAUUGGCAUGGGGUGUCCUUUCAUGAUAAUGACAUAUUCUCAGGUCAAGUCAACAAGUUUCCAGGUAUGACAGAGAUGGUACGUAAAAUUACACUGAGUCGGGCGGUGCGAACAAUGCAGGAUCUCUUUCCCCUCGAAUAUAACUUCUAUCCUCGAUCAUGGAUUCUGCCAGAAGAAUUUUCCCUCUUUGUGGAUGAGGUUCGUAUGAUGAAAGACGGCGAUCCAGGCUGGAAGCCCACUUUUAUUGUCAAACCUGAUGGAGGGUGCCAGGGGGAUGGAAUCUACCUCAUUAAAGACCCCAGUGACAUCAGACUGACGGGAAGCAUCCAGAGCCGGCCAGCUGUGGUCCAGGAAUACAUUUGCAAACCACUGCUUGUUGACAAACUGAAAUUUGAUAUUCGGCUUUAUGUCUUACUGAAAUCUUUAGAACCUUUAGAGAUUUAUAUAGCCAAAGAUGGACUUUCUAGAUUUUGUACAGAGCCCUAUCAAGAACCCACUCUAAAAAAUUUGCACCAGGUAUUUAUGCAUUUAACCAACUAUUCACUAAAUAUCCAUAGUGGGAAUUUCAUCCAUUCUGACAGUGUAAGCACUGGCAGCAAGAGGACUUUUUCAAGCAUUCUCUGCAGACUGUCUUCCAGAGGCGCUGAUGUCAAAAAGCUGUGGUCAGAUAUAAUUUCACUGGUGAUUAAAACCAUUAUUGCACUGACACCCGAACUCAAGGUUUACUAUCAGUCUGACAUACCAGCAGGAAAGCCUGGGCCAACUUGCUUCCAGAUUUUAGGGUUUGACAUUCUCCUGAUGAAAAACUUGAAGCCCAUGUUACUGGAAGUAAAUGCAAACCCCAGCAUGAGAAUAGAACAUGAGCAAGAGCUUUCUCCUGGAGUAUUUGGGAAUGUCCCAAGCCCUGUGGAUGAAGAAGUGAAGGUAGCAGUUAUCAGAGACACUCUGCGUUUAGUGGACCCUCAGAAAAAGAAGGGAAAAGAUGACCAGUGUCAGGCUUUGGAGCACAUCUCGGAAGCAGACGAAGAGCUAUUGGACACCAGACGGGCAGACGGGCCGGGAUACGAUUCGGCUGAAAGCGCAGAGGCUGGCCUCCCCUCUCUUUGCCUCAAGCAAGUGUUUCCCAAGUAUGCCAAGCAGUUUAGCUACCUGCGUCUUGUGGACAGAGUGGCUGCUCUGUUUAUCCGAUUUCUUGGUGUGAAAGGGACAACAAAGCUGGGGCCAACAGGCUUCCGAACAUUUAUAAGAAACUGCAAGCUGAGUAACAGCAGUUUUUCAAUGGCUUCUGUAGAUAUCUUAUAUAUUGAUAUCACGAGAAGGUGGAACAGCAUGGGAAUUGAGCACAAAGAAUCAGGAAUGUGUUUGCAAGCCUUUGUUGAAGCUUUCUUCUGUCUGGCUCAGAAGAAAUACAAGUCCCUCCCCCUUCACGAGCAAGUGGCAUUGCUGGUCGAAUUUUGUGAGUAUCAUCUGGCUGCCCUGGAUGAAAAGCGCCUGGUUUGUGGCCGCGGGAUCGGGGAGCGCCGGAGUGCAGUGGUUCCAUGUCAGACAGAUGGACUUCACCUUACACCAGCUGCACAUACCCCCCUUCACAGUCGCACGACCACAGCCACUAAACUUGCGGAUUAUAGAAAUCAUCGCUAUUAAUGAUGCAGAUUAAUCAGGAUAGAAGUGAGAGUUAGUCCCCAGGUAUGUACCCGUACUGCAGGAAGAGAGGCAGACUCCUGCAUAGUCUGAUAGUCACAAUUAUUUAUUUCAACUUUUUUUAUUUAUGCUCUUUAAAAAUUCUGCUGCAAGCUGCCGCUCUCAAAUAAUGAUCAUGGCAAUGGCUAUUAAUUUACCUCUCUGCUGCACUAUAUGGUGGACCUUGUAUGACAGACUGUGCUUUUGUCCAGAGAGGAUGGGAAAGCACCUGUGAAGACAAGGACCAAAAUAAAGUGGGAUGAUAACCAGCGUUAUGGGGAUGGUUGCGCUUAUUGAGAAGCACACUCAUAUCGAAGGAAUUGCGUUGCUUUCUUAUGCACUGGAUGUGUCAUGGAAACUAAGUAAGGAACUGCAGUCUCAGGUUGUGGACUUUGGAAAACUGAAACUUGGAAUUAUGUUUGUGGUCAGGCUUCAGGCUCUGACCCUUUUCUUUCAGUGGCUUGGACCGUUGGAACCAAUACAGAUUUGGUCAUUGUCUAUGUACUUAUUUUUUAAAGUCAAUCUUAAAACACUGAAAUUAUAUCUUGGCUUCUACUCCUCUGUACAUGUCUUUGCCAUGACAAGUACUGUUAAUUUUUUAAAGAAAAACUAAAAAUGUUUAUCCUUUUGCUUCCACAGAACUGAUAAGCUCAUGCUUGCUCACAGAAAAAGUGACUUUAAGUCAGAUUUGCUGGAUGAAGUGGUAGGUCUGAGUUUGUCUUCAGGUACUGCACUGCUUUCUGCAGAGAGCUUUACAGUAUGAAGGCCUAAGAGUUCAUUGAAGUUCCAGUGAAACCAAUCCUAUCACUAACUUUGGACUAAACUAAUUGUAUUCUGACGUGGCUAAUCUUUUGCCUGUUUGUUACCCUAUUUGGACCUGCAGUAAUACCUAGAACAGAUAUUUUUAUUUGUCUUUGCACAUAUUGUUUAUUUUUCCCCUUAAAUAUCAGUGUGACUGUACAAACUUGUUAUUUAACAGAAUAUUUUAUCAAGAAUGCUGGGCUGUACCACUGGAGUUGUACACAGUAGUCUUACUUCACAAGAAAUGAACCAUGACUUCCAUAAUCCCAGUAUUCUUGGGCUGGGGGCUAAGAGAGCAUGAGGCUGGCUGAAAGGAUGUGAAUAACUUGGUACUUCAGGGCUGUUCAGCCGCAUUCUUUUGCAGUUUAUUACAAUAAUAUAUGUUUACAUCCAUGUUUGAUUUUCCCCUUUUGUUCUGUUCUUUAGUGUUAGUGACUCUGCUUAUGCUCUAGUGUUCUUCACACUGCCGAAGGCUGCCAGGCUGUAAGGUGGCACAGCGUCUGGGCGUUCAGGUUUGCACUGGGGAGCGUUACCUGAGCUCGAUGCCAAAAUGUUCCCAGCUGGUGUAGCAGAAACCUGACCUUGGAAGCGCAGUCAGUGCAGAGUCCAGGGAGUGCACCUGUUUAACAGCAUGGACUCAGUGGACACAUGGAAUUGAGUGAGUUUUUACUUCAGGAAAAGUUUAGCUGUACCUUGUUAGUUUUAACAGCAUGUAUGUUUCCCAAGUGGCAACCAGCAGCAUGGUGACACAAUGCAGAAGUCAGGCUGAGCCCACAAGAAACUAAUACCCAGCAUGUGUUACUACCAGAUGUGGGUGUCCUUUCUUCUCUUUGUCCUUUUUUGUAGCACAAGUAAGAGUAGUAGUAGGUGAUCUUUUUUAGUUCAACAGCUGGACUGUUUGAAAUGUUAUGUAUUGUACAUAAGAGGACGAUUGCAGGCUAAUGCCACUGCCCUCAGCCUUGUUUAAGUUUCAUAAGGAUUAUUGCGGUAUGAAGAUAAAAUGCCACACUCCAAGGUCUGGCAUCUGUCAGAACAAAUGAAGCUGAAAGGGUCAUUUUUUUCCACACUUACAUUGUAAUAUAUCUGAAGACAUUCACAAGUUGAAAAAUGGUUACUUCUCAUUUUGUGACAUCUGACAUUUGUCUUGCGAUUGGCAGUGUGUUACUAGAAAAUAGCUUACAGUUUCUCUCAUUUCGUGAUUGAUGUCCUGUAAAGACAGGGUUAUAGAAUAGUCGGAUUUGAAAUGCUACAGCUGCGAAUGCCUUUCCUUACAGCUUUCAAGUAGUACAAUCUAUGGCCUAAAAUAUCCAGGUUUAACUAUUGUAUAAGCUACCAUGAUGUCAGUGGAAUAAAUUACCUGCUGUAUAUAAUGAACACUGGUAAGAUCUCUCUCUCUCUUUUGGAGAUCUUUAUAUUUUCUGGAUUGAAUAGAGAUUUUUACAGCCCGUGCAUACCCAGGCUGCUGCAGUAUGCCCUGGUUAUCUCCCACUUCAAAUAUGAAGGGUCCCUUGUAGAAGAGUCAAAACAUUCAAUUAUCUCUCUCUAGUAAUCCAGUGUUCAUGUAUUUAUGUAAUUGGAAAAUUGAAUGCUGUGUUAUUCUUGGGUGGAGGCGGGGAUAAAACAGGAGUGUACUUUAGACACUUAAUGGCAAAGUCACUUUUCUCUUCCCUCGCAUCUCUUGCAAUUUCCUCUGCUCAUUAUUUAGCAUCCAAAGCAAUUUCACAUAGCAUUUAAAGUUACCAGUCUGUGCACACGCAAAAAAAUGACUGGAGAUGAUUUAUUCAGAAUAUGAAUGCUAAUGCACUGAUAAUCUGUUAAUCCUGAGGUACCUUUCUGGCAAAAGAAACAAUAUAUGUAAGGCAGUAGGUGUAGCAUUUUUAAUAGUACUUUCUGUAUAUUCUUUUCAGAGAAUAAUACAGCACUCGGUAUUCCAUUUAUGCCAUACUUGAUAAUGAUCAUUGCAUACCAGGGAAAUCUUUCUUGUUACCAGACACACAGGGUCUGGUCUUCCUCACUGGGUGUAAAUGAGUAUAAAACACUUCAACAUCUAAGGAAUAUUUGAGGCAAGCGAGCCCAGAACUCAUCCUUGUGGGCUUAUAUCUAUACCCUGAAUGUGCCCACACUUACUCAGUGACUCCAUGUCUGACUGUAAGAU